AUGCCGCGUGCUCUGAAAGGACUCGACCAGGAACUUCCCUUGACACACUACUUUGGCAGGGCCAAGGAAGAGGACAAGUCGCUCACUCGCUCGAGCCAGAAGCGGCACCGGCCGCGCAUGCCAGAACAUGCAGAGCCUAGUCAUGAUUACGGCAGCCCAAGCGGCGUUCUGACCAAAGUUACGAGCGGUGCACGAAACUCUCCGGGAAAGCGUCGUGGUCAGGCUCGUACCGUUGAAACUCGCACUAGCCCUUCAUCUUCUCCUUCCCGGAAGAAGGCUUCCAAGAUAUCCAGCUUUAAAACCUCCAACUACAAGGAAUACGAUGUCAUCGACUUGACUCGGGAAAGUUCUCGCUCCGAGAUUGAAGUAAUUUCCUCAGAUGUAGAGGAAAUGUCAUUCGCUCCGCUCGCUGCUGCUCGUGAAGACUCAGGUGCUGGACAUUCCCUAGUAACGCCUCCGCCCACGGAACGCCGAAGCAUCAAGGACAAGGUCACGAAGCAUCGUGCAAUUAAAUCGGAUACAGGACUGGGCAAGGGAAAGGGCAAAGCACGGGCUGCGUUGCCAACUCCCCAGACCACGGUUCGGCGGGCCCAUGUCAAGAUCAAGAAGGCUCUUCCUUCAGCGGAAACAUCCAGCAAAGUCGAUGUCUCUUGUGCUUCAGAUCCUUUGACUGGUAUGAAAUCCCUUAUUCGACCAAGCUACGAGUUCAAGUCUUCCGCGUCGACGACAAUGCCUGAGCGUACUCCCUCCGUUGCUCCUUCGGUAGUGCAUGAACAUGCCAAGGAUCAGGAUUUCGAUAAUCCGUUCAUUGCCACGAUAUCGCCAGUAGUCUCUCGGUCUCCUAGUCCCAUUCAAGCUACCGAUAUAGAAUCACCUGAACUAGCAACUAGCUCACGACAUCUCGAUUUACCUGCUCCAUCCGAUAAUAUAAAUCCCUUAAUCCCUUCCUCCCAGUCCCAGUACCUUUUGAGCAUACAUGCUACCCCCAGCAAGAAGAAAGGGAGCGUAGACUCGUUGCCAUUGACUAGUGUACCCACGAUGAGCUGGACCGCUACUUCACAGUCCAUAGAAGAAGGCGAACUUGAUAUCAGGAUGUCCCCCAGAGCACUUAAGCUUUAUUCGCUUGUUGGAAACAACGUCGCACACCCCUAUGAGUCGAGGGAAAUACCACCGUCGGCAACACCUUCCCGUUCCCCAGCCAUGAGGAAGCAACAUCAAUGCACAAUACAAGGGGAUCAUACCCCGAAGAGGUCGAUGAACAAGUCUGCCUUUUCAUCCCCGGUAGAACAUGGCAAACGUUAUUACACGAUGUCGCCAUCUGGGAGACUGGCUCAAGAGGACGAUACGCAGGCCGCGACCAAUGAAGCUGGGAACCCCGACGAGCUGCAUACAGAGACACAGACAGAGACAGAGUCGGAGUCGGAUACAGAAUUCAUGGGCUUCGUUACUGGUCUUGGAGAAGAUCACGGACGCAGAAAGCGCAGCCGCAAAGAAAGCAACAAACAAACGCAGCCAUCCGAAGGUUACUGGGCGUCUCAUGGCACACCAAGUCAGAUACUUGAAGGCAGCGAUCCUGAUUACGCCGGAAGUGUCGCCACUGAACCAGGAUCAAUGCCUUCCCUAGUAAGAGGCUUUUUAGGGAUAUUUGACUAAGAUAAAUUGGAGAUGAAUGUGAACAAAUCAAACUUAUGUGAACUUUGAUAGUUUUUAGAGUUUUCAAGUCACUUAAUGGUGGUGGACAAGGAUGGAUAAAAAUGUGAAGUCAAUGUAUUAUUCCAAGC